CGAUAAUCUUAAUUCUAGGUCUCAGCUGGCGUCGACAGUAGUAUUGCUGACGGUCAGACAUGCACGAAGUGUCAUUUUAAUUUCUUUCUUUUCGUUUUUUUUCUCUUUUCUUUAAUUUUUACGUUAGUGAAAUUUGAAUAUGGAGAUUAAACAUAGAAAGAUACGAUCACAAAAUGAAGAUAUUCAAGAAGCAGAACAGAAACCACGUUCGAAGAAGGCUCAUCCAGGCAGAAGAUACUUCAUGUUUGUGGCCCUGUUGGGAAUCCUGGUCAUAGGACACAUAUUCAUAGCGUAUGAUCUGCAGCCAGUACGUUUCGGUAGCAAAGCAAUCGAUACACUGGCUUUUUCAUUCAAUCUGCAAAAGCCAUUUUAUGUCGUAGUGGUCGAUGCGGGAUCAACCGGCAGUCGCGCUUUAGCCUUCAGUUUUCAUGAGUCCAUCAUUGGUGGUAAUUUGGUGCUGGAUGCUGAACUAUAUACGGAAACAAAACCAGGCCUCAGUGCUUACGCAGAUAAACCCAAAGAAGCUGCUAAGUCUCUGACAGUAUUACUUGACAAGGUUAAAAGCGUUAUCCCGCGUUCAGAAUGGCAACACACUCCUCUUAGCAUGAGAGCCACUGCUGGUUUAAGACUUCUUCCUGGACACGAGGCUCAGGAUAUACUUCAGGAGUGCAGAAAAUUGUUUGAAGAUUCUAACUUUCAAGUGUCUAAGAAUUCGAUUGCGAUAAUGGAAGGUACCGAUGAGGGUAUUUUCUCUUGGUUCACUGUAAAUUUCUUAUUAGACCGAUUUAAUAUGCAUGGUACCAGUAACACAGUCGCGGCAUUAGAUCUUGGAGGAGGUUCAACCCAAGUUACCUUCUCUCCUAAUCCUGCACAAGAAAAGGAGCUUGAUGGACAUAUAUAUUCAGUUAAUAUAUUCAAUCACAACAUGAGUGUUUACACUCAUAGCUAUUUAGGUAUGGGUCUUAUGGCAGCCAGAAAAGAAAUUCUAACCUAUGGAAUGAAGCUAGACAAUGUGAAUUCAAAAGGAGUCAUAGAAGUGCGAUCUGACUGUAUAAACCCCAUAGUAACUUCUACCAAGUGGAGUUAUGGAGGUCAUACUUAUCUCGUCAAAGGACCUGUCAAUGAAACGCAUAAACUAGUAAAAACUCAAAAUUUUGCUGGUGGUGAAGCAGACAGGCCAAUUGUUAACUUUGCAGAAUGUUUAAAAAUCAUUGAGAAAUAUGUUGGUGGAAUAAAAAAUAAACCGAUUGGUUUGAAGGACCAUGAAAUCUACGCAUUUUCGUACUACUUCGAUCGUGCCACAGAGGUUGGUCUUGUCGACCCCUUUAAGGGUGGAGUCAUCCAAGUAGGUCAAUUUCUGAAGCAUGCAAUAGAGGUCUGUGAUUAUCCAAAUACUGAACAGCCCUUUACUUGCCUCGAUUUGACAUUCAUUUUUGUCCUCCUGCGCGAUGGAUUUGGUCUUAAACCUACCACAAAACUAUAUCUAUAUAAAAAGAUUAACGAUCAUGAGCUGAGUUGGGCCCUCGGUGCUGCCUUCAACAUUAUCCAAAAUGGUCUUUAACGCACCUGAAUCAUAGAUAAACGAAUUACAAAUAUUUUUGCACAAUAUCGAAGAAACUGUUAGACUUUGCUACUUGUGAUGAAACUAUUUGACUAACUAGAAACUGUUAAUUUAUUAUCAUGUUCAUUGUUCUUGCUAUAAUAUGCUUGUUUCUAUUAAUAUGUUAUUUAAUCAUUUGAUUAAACAUUAUAUUUGUAGCAAUGGCAUAUUAAAGGCACCGAAUGUGUUUAGAUUUCUUAACUAGGGACUUGUAAGACUCUUAACAAAUAUACAAUACAUGCGUACAAAUACACAAAGUGAUUCUCAUGACUGGGAUUGGCCAUAUCUCUUUUGUGAUAGAAAAUAAAAUACGAUAUAGAGACGAAAAACUACUUGCAUGGUUUAGCCUGAAUUUUUUUGUACUGUUUUACAAAUAUAAUAGUGUAUAAAUAUUUGCAAUGUGUAAUUACAGCCCUUUGAAAUAAUGUUUCUAUUAUAACCUAUCAUAGUAUGAUCUGCACAGAUUGCUGAGAUUGCACGUUGCAUAUAUCAAAUUGUGUAUGUUCAUAGAAGAAUAACAUUUUGGACAGUUAAUUCUUGUUAACCCAUUUAGGUUUAUCUUCUGCUAUACCCAGCAUUAAUAAUCAAAUAUAUCAACGAACGAGUCGUAUCUGUACAUUUGCUUAAAAAUUUGAUAACUAAAUCAAAUAAUUUUUUAUAUAAAUAUUGUACAGUAAAUGAUAUUAACUGAUCAAGAUGGAAAAAAUGUAUUUGUUAAAGGCUUCAAAUAUACUUUAUCAUGUGAUAUACAAAGAAAUACGAAAAUUUAAGUUUAUAUUACAAGGUUAUCAUAAAUAUCGAAACAAAUUUUCUUAACACAUCUUUACAAAGCAAGAUGUAUAAGAUUAUGUUUAAAUGCUGUAGCAAAUAUUUUGCUUACACCCUGUAUAAUAAUUUUAAAUUGUAUUUCCAGACUACUUCCUAGUGAAAUAUUUUAUCACUAAAUAACAAACUUUGGGAAUGUCAGUGGAUUUCUAUUUUAGGAAACGUUAUAAGAAGGAAUUGUUUAUUUUUUUAAAAAGAUUUAUUUUGUGUAUCAAGUAACGUUUGAUAGUUUUAUAAAAUAUCAACAAUUGUAAUUAAAAAAAUUUAUUGUUUCACUAUAGUAUUUUAUAAAUUGUAAAAUAUUGAAUGCUGCAGGAGUUUUGUUUCAUAAUUUUUUAUUCAAGACGAAAUAAGAACCUUAUUGUUACUAGAGAGCCCUUGUUAUAAACAUUGUCUAUAAAGUAAGGAGAAACUAAUUUGGUAAAGAUAUAAUUUCAUUCUAAAUAAAAAAAAAAAAACAUAUUCAUAAACUUAAAGUUUCUAUUCGUUAUUUAGCAAACAGAACUUUUGUGGCAUCUUAAUAUUGCAACCAGUUUUAUUGUAGAGAAUUGAAUUGUAUUGGAAUUUUAUAUUUUGGGCUGAACAAUAUAAUUCUGGAUUGUAUGCACAAAAUUUAUCUAAAUAUAUUUGUAAAAUAAUUAUUAAAUGUUAAAUAUUUUUACAUUAAUAUACAAUCAGUAAUA